UUCAACAUGCUAUUUCUUAGAUUUUCUGGUACUUUUAAUAUAUUAGUAGUUCUUCUAGUAAGUGUUUCUGCAGCCAAGAAGAAAGAUUUACAAAUUAUAUCUGUGCACAAACCAGAAAGAUGUGAUUUAACAGCUGAGAAUGGAGACAUUGUCGCCGUACACUACAUUGGUAAACUGCAAAAUGGUCAAGUAUUUGAUGCAUCAAAAGAAAGCCCUAUAAAAUUCCCAUUAGGAAAAGGCAAGGUCAUCAAAGGUUGGGACCAGGGAAUUCGUGGAAUGUGUGUGGGAGAAAAACGUACACUUAUCAUUCCAUCACAACUCGCUUAUGGAGCCAAUGGUGUUGAAGGAGUUAUUCCAGCUCAUGCAACUUUGGUAUUUGACACAGAGUUGGUGAAUGUUGAAAAAUAUUCAUCUCUUAAUACAAUGAACAUUGGAAAGUUCUUGAACUUUGCCAUUUGGCCAGCACUCAUCAUCUUAAUUGUUGUCAUUCUAUAUCAAAGAUACUCAGAACACAAGGAAAAGAUUAAACAUGAAAGGUCCGGAAAAAAAAUUAGAAAAAAGAAACAAUAGCAUAUGCAACAUAGACAAUUUUAACAUCAAUUUAAAAAGAUAACAGUGGACUUGUAUUUGUAGCAGUUACUACUUUUAAAAUUUCUAACUACAGUUUCACUUAGUUUAUAUUUUAGGUAAUGUAAAGACUUAUGGACUGGAAAAUUUAUUUUAGUUUUAGAAUUCUUCAAAUAACUGUUCUCCUUAGCUGUUAAUUCAUCAAUAAAUGUUUUACAGAAAUUAUAAAUAAAGAAGUUUUAGCACAAAUUAUUUCUACAUAAUAAAUACUGGUUAAAAUAAUUAAAUCAUACAAUAUUGUUA